GCUCUACUCAAAAUCUUAUACUCGCGCAUCCCUCUUAUUUUUACGCUAGCGUCAACUCCCCCUCUUCCUGCGCAUCCCUAAAUUGCAAUUCCAAUUGUUUUUGUGGAUCGAUUUCUGUAAAUCUUGUUGCUGUUGAAUGGAAAUCGUCUGGGGAACAUAUUUCCGAGCUCAAUUUUGGUGAUUUGGGGCCUUAUUUUGCUGAAUUGAAGGGUAACUCCCUCGCCAUGACUGUUCAUCUUCAAAACGACAAGUCUGAUUUCCCCUUCGUUCAUGCUCAAUUGAAGGCCUUUUGUUGGGAAUCUUAAGGGACUUGGUAAAAUCUCUCAUAAUUUAAAGUUAGUUUUCAUUUCCAUUCAAAGAUUUGCGAGAUUGGAGCACUUUUGGGGUUUCGCCAUUACUGUUCACAACGAGGUGCCCAUCCCAAAAUUCUCAGUUGGCAGUGGUUUCUGGUUUGGAUUAUUAUUUGCUUUUGGUUUAGUGGGCUGAUGUUUUUCAGUUGGGCACAUGCUUGUUCAGUUGGCAAUAGUUUUCUGGUUUUCAGUUGGCAUCAGGUUUUUGUAGAUAGUUGGAACAGCCAUGAUAUGUCCUCCUCAUCCACGUAAGGUCACAAGGUAACCCAGGUGGUGAAGUCCAGGAGCCACCGUACCACAACUGCACCACAAGAAUCUGCCCCGCCCAUACCUGGCCAGCGAGCAAGUCAAACACCAAACAGGCUUAAAUCAGGUUUCAAACAAGAAGCAUUCAGCAUUCCUCCAUCAGAUCAGCAAGCUUAUUUGAUGGAAACAGAAUUCAAAUACCAGGGGGUUACUUCGAAUCCAUCGCUUAUGUGGUAUUGAAACAUUGGAGUUCAAGGCUCAACAAUGGUUCCAUAAGUUGCUAUUCUAAGAGUACAUGAAGAGGUGCACCUCGUGAUAAAGAAGCCCAAUUCAGCCCAAGGUAUCACCUGCCACAACAAGAGUUGUGCUCACUGCCCAAACCCAUCUAAAGCCCCAAAACACAUCCAGCAGUUCAUCACUCCAUCCAUUUUGAGACAGCCCCAACGCAAGUUCAAAACAGCAGCCCCAAGUAGUAGUGUGGCUAGAGAUGUUGGGCAAUGAACACAAAUCUCCCCAUGAAGUCAAAUAAUCAACCAAAGGUGUUGAAGGAUAAAAGAGAUCAUGAACAGCCAGUGGGUACCCAAAGGUGUCACUGCCCAUCACUGAAAAUUCAGGAAUUCAGAGUCUAAAAACCAGUGACCAGCCGGUUUAGACCUCAAAUGCCAAUUCCAGGUUAUGGGUUGUGUCCUAUUCAUCAGCACUUAACCAUUACAGCUCCAUGAACAAACUAGUAGAACCUGGGCAGUCCUAGCUGAAGCAAUGCAAGGAAGGCAAUGAAGAACAAGGCUACAAACACCAGCAGGUUCAUGAUGCAAUUUAUUACACACAAGCUCAGUUGGUUAUCCUAGAAUUUAGCUUCUACAUAUGGUUGUUGGUUAUCAAUUCUUGGGUUUGGUUUCAAUUUUGUUUUACCAGCUUUGGUGUAUGUUUAUCUAGGUUUGACUAUGAUAUGUAGUCCUUGGUUUUUGGUUUUUAUUUGGGCAAUGUUUUUGAUGUAGGGAAUAGUUUUUAGCUUUUCUCGAGGGGCUUUGGCAAAUGUCUGAUCAAUUCAGAUAAGAGGUCUUAACCAUUCAGACUCUGUAUAAUACUUAACCAUUCAGAGGCAAAUCUCUUAACCAUUCAGACAUCUGAACCAUUAAGAGGCUGAAACAAACAGUCUGAACCAUUAAGUGCUGAACCAUUCAGACAUCUGAACCAUUACCAUUAAGUAAGAGGCUGAAAGUCUAACCUGAAGGGCAUUUUCGGUCAUCUGUAGUCCACUUAUCCGCGAUGCCCCGAUACGAUUCACAGUUUUUGUUUUGCCAAGAGCAGCCAACACGAAUAUCAACGACAACCCUUCACCUCCGAUCUCUCUCUUUUUCUCUCUCUGGUUCCAGAUUCCUUUUUUUCUUUUUUGUAUUUUGCUGUAUCAAUCCUGGAUCUCCUUCUAUUUAGCGUCUUCCUUGUUUGUAUGCCCGUACUCUGCUGUAAACGCAACUGGGCUGCAUCUGCGCGGCGCCGCAAGGAGGCAAUUUGAAAGGUCAAAUCGAUUUUACGGCCAUUCAACCGCCAAGGAAGUUUGGGUUCCGCUUCUCAUUGGUCUGUUGGAACUAAAUCUGAUUUGUUUUGGCGGCUGUGCUUUUAACGGACAAGACCUAGGGUUUUGGCUGAAUAGCAAUUGAGUGUUUUUACUGUAUUUGGAAAAUUAGUCAGGCAUGCCAAGGAGUUCUAAGAGCAAAUCUCAUAAGCAGAGCAAGCACAGUUCGAAAGAGAAGAGGGAGUAUUCUGAUUCGGAGGAAGAUGUGAAGAUGAAGGAUAGGAGCAUUAAGGAGGAGAGUUCUGCUAGGGCUUCAAAGGAUUUGGGCCAUUCUGUUUCCGGUGAUAAGCGGAAAUUUUCUUCACAAGCGAGAGAAGGGAGAGAAGGAAAAGAUCUGAGCAGUUAUGGGAAUGGGGAGGUCACCGAGGAGUAUGUUUCAUCUAAGCGGCGGAAGGAAAAGGGUGACGGUGGUGUUAGCAGUGAUAGAUGGAAUGGUGGUAUGGAUGAAAGUGUUGACGAUAGGCAUGAGGAGAAGGAGGGCAAGGCUGGAAGUUCAAAAAAUGACCAGGAAAAGGGAUUGAGGCAGAAAGAAGCAAAAGUUUUGGGUGAUUCAAGGAGUAGAAGUAGUAAAAGGCAUGAGAGUGGAAGCGGAGGCGUGAAAAAGGAGGAGAUUUCAGUGUCAGGAAUGGAGAGAGAAGAUGCUAAGAGCGGCAAGAGUAGUGAGUCAAGGAAGAAACCAGAAGUAGAUUCUGUUCGAAAAGAGAGCACCACUUUAAAAGAAAAGGAUCAUGGGUCAGAAAGGGAGAGAAAGCGCGAAACUGACAUAGAAAAGAAGCAAAGGUCUCAGUCAGGGGAUGUUGGUGAGGAGAAGCAGGGAAAACACCUUAAAGAACAUACUGUUGUUACAGAUCGUUCAGUACGGAGUGAAGUGCGUCAUUCUGAUCUAGAUAGAGAUGCCGAGAAAAAGAUGCGAAAGAGACAUGAUAGUUCUGGUGAUCGAGAUAGAUAUGAUGGUGAUGACCAAAAUGACGAGAAGCAGAUGUCUUCAAGAGCUGGAGACCGCACUAAAGAUGAUAGACACAGAGAUUCAAAGCAUCACGAUGGAGGCUAUAGAGACAAGUACCGGGAAGACGGUGAUAGAGAUGAGAGACAUAAUAAGGAAGAGAAGUAUGAAACUGAUAAGGACAGAAGACGGCGUGAAGAUAAGUACCGGGAAGAUGGUCAUAGUAGUAGAGAUAAUAGACGUAAAGAUGGCAAAUACCGUGAUGAUGGUGAUAGAGAUAACAGAAAUAGGGAAGAAAAAUAUCACCAGCAUGAAGAUAGAGAUAACAGACACAAGGGGUACCGAGUAGAAGUAGAAAGAGAAAGUCGGCAUCGAGAUGAUAAGUAUCGUGAAGAUAACGAUAGGGGUGGAGAUGAUAAAUACCUUGAAGACAGAGACAAAGAGAAGGAUGUUAAGCGUCGUGUUGAUAGAUAUCGUGAAGAUGGUGAGGAAGAGAGACCGAGGGACAGUAAAUAUGGAGAAGAUGUUGAGAGAGAUGAUAGGCACAAUGAAAAAAAGUAUCAAACGGAUUUUGAAAAGGCUAGUAAGCACCGGGAAGGAAAGUACGGAGAAGAUUACGAUAAAGACAAAAGGCUGAGGGAUAUGAAGUACACGGAUGAGCUCGCCCUAAGAGAUCGCUCAGGAGAUAGAUCUGAGGCAAAGCAUUCAAAAGAUGAGACUCAUGCCACAGACAAUCAUUCUAGGAAAGUAGACGUACAUGAGAACAGCAGCCCCAAUUAUGAUGAUCGGGCAUCUAGGUAUAGAGAUGAUCAAGGAAGGAGAAGAGCCGACGAUAAGGAGGAUCGCAAUGAUUCUAGAUUUCAAAGUUCCAAAGAGCAGUAUGACAUAGAAAAGCGGGCUGGAACUGUUCCUCGGCUGGAAACUGCUACUGACCGUGGGAAAUCUUCCUCGAGGAAUAGUGAUCUAGAGCGAAGUUCAAACCAUAGCAGGAGAAGAAGUUCACCUGGUAGUGGCCCUUUUACUGCAAGAGAUCAUUAUAGGCAAUCCAAGCAAGAAGACCCGAAGUACAGGGAUCAUACUUAUGAGGAAAGGGUUCGGAGAAAUAGAGAUUAUUCUGGAUCUGCUGGAGUGCUGGAUAAAAUUACUUCAACUCGGUCUGCAGAAAAAGCUACUCAAAAGGAUGACAACUAUUUAUUAGAUGGUUCAGCUGAAAGACGCCUGAAAUCUGAUCCCCGGAACACUUCGAACCCAGUGCUGGAUAAGUCCCCUUCAUCAACAAGUAAUGAUCGCAGGCAUCUAGGUAGACCUGAAGUUAAGAGGAGUCUCGAAGUAGAAGAUUUUGCGCUGAGAAGUGGCUUGAAGGAUGCCAAGGAUUUCUCUGGGAGGGAAGGUAGAGGAAAUCGUGAUCUGCCUGUGGAAGCAUUUGCAGGCGACGAACUUGUCCAUCCAGAUGGAGACACUUUAUCUGUUUCUUCACCUUUUGUCAGGGGCGUCCCAGGAGGCAGCACAAGGUUGCCCCCUCUUCUCCCAUUUCGGCCUGGAGUUGAUAAUCCUUCAGUGGCUGGAUCUUCUGAAGACGAUUGUAGGGGCAAGCCAGGCAGCCGGAAUAGAAGGGGUGGUGUUGAGUCAAAUGCUGGGAGAUUCCAAGGAAAUUCUUGGAGAGGGGUCCCAAGUUGGCCUUCCCCUGUUGCUAAUGGUUUCAUCUUCCAACAUAGUCCAGCUCAUGUCACUUUUCCUCCAGUGAUGCAACAGUUUCCUUCCCCACCCAUGUUUGGUGUGAGGCCCUCUAUGGACUUGAAUCACUCUGGACUCCCUUACCAUAUGCCUGAUGCUGAUAGAUUUUCUAGCCAUGGACGCGCUAUAGGGUGGCGAACUCCUAUGGACACUUCUUGCUCUCCAUUUCAUACUUGGGAUUCUAACAGCUCGGUUGUUGGUGAUGAGACUAACAUGUAUGGGAGGCCAGAGUGGGACCAGUAUAGGAACAUGCCAAUGACUAGGAACUGGGAGCAUGCUAGUGACAUGUGGAAGGGAGGGCCAAACAGGAGUGCAAGUGUGGAGUUGUCAUCUGCCUCUCAUAAAGAGGCUAAUUCAGGUCAGGGUCCAGUUGAUGAAUCUUUGACUUGCCAAUCUGUCCAGCAAUCUCAGUGUGAACAAAAGCAUGCUGACCUUGAGGCCGAAAGCAAGACUUUUAGUCAGUCAAGUGAUGUGGAGAAGAAUAAUAAUACUGCAGAAGGUUUGAAGAUUCUACCUCAUGAAACAUGUGGUAGUGAUUCCAAAAUGUCAAGGAAGGAUGACACUUGUUUUUGCCUGGCCUACCUUUCCAAACUCGACAUAUCUUCUGAUCUUACUGAACUAGAAUUGUAUGAAAAAUGCACAAGCCUUUUACUCACAGAUCAGAUCAUGGUGGUGGCUGAUGCAGAUGCUCCUAAAAUGUUGUAUCUCGAGCCUGUGGUAGAAGGCAAGGCUGCUGUACGAAGUAGAUCAUCAAAUACAUCACUUUUAGCUGCUUCAAGUGUUUCUGUUCUUGAGAAAGCCUUUUCCCAGUACAACAAGGAGGAGAGAGUUGAUGUCAAAGUCUUAAACAUACAGAGUAAGACUUCUUUAGCACCCCCGGAUGAAGGAAAAGCUUUAUCUGAAGAUGUUGCUGAAGGGGCGGUCGCGGCUUUAGUUGGUGGACUCGAGGCCAAGAAAUUAUUGCAUCCUAACCCAUGCCCCCAUGGGGCCGUGGUCCAAGUUAGUCCUCAGAGGGCAGCAGAAACUGAGAUUGAAGGGAUGGUACAAAACCCAGAGCAACCAACAAUAGAAAGAGUAAUAAGCAUGGAGGUGGAUGUGGUUUCAAAUAUAGCAGAGGAGCAUGGUGUUGAGGGGGACGGUAAGCCUCCGGCAACUGUGGAAGGAGGAGGAGAGCCUUGUGAGCUAAUGUUGCACGAUGUGGAAGGAGGAGGAGAGCCUUGUGAGCUAAUGUUGACUACUACUACUACUGCUACUACUACAACAGGCAAGGCUUUAGGCAAUCACUCCCUUAAAACUGACUCUCCUCUGCUUUGUCCCAAUGUUGUUUCAUCUGAUGAGGCGUAUGGGGUAGGGGUGCCUGUAGAGUCGGAGUCAGUAAUCUUAAGUCGGAUACAUCAUUCUCCUGAAAGUACACAUUGACACAUUUAUAUUUUCCGUUUUAUUUUAUUUUUUUUGGAAAUGCCUAUUUCAUCAUCAUCCUCUCUGUGCUUUGUGGUGGUUUAUCUUUGCUAUCAAUAAAAACUAUUGAGCUCUAGCAUUGCUUUUUCAUCUGCUAUGUAUCAUUAUUAUUUUUUUGGUCAAAGAAACAAUUAUAUUUUGCUAAGUUCUGAAGGAAAGAGAGGUUAGGCCCAAGUCUGAAACACAUGGCCGCCAGAAUCCUUUGUCACAUCUGAUUGUCGCCAAAUAUGUCUUCCGUACUUAUUCUCUAUCCCAAAGUGGAACAAAUCAGGUAUUCCUUA